AUGCGAGUGGCAUUCUAUACAUCUUGUCGACGAUUUGCAUCUGCGGCACCAAAGGACACCUAUGAUGCCAUUGUUAUAGGUGGAGGUCACAAUGGACUCACUGCUGCAGCCUAUCUGGCCCGAGCAGGGAAACGAGUCUGUGUGUUGGAGAGAAGAAAUGUGAUCGGUGGAGCUGCUGUCACUGAAAAUUCUACCAGGUUACAAAUUCUCUCGCGCAUCCUACCUGCUCAGCUUGCUUCGACCAAUUGUUAUCAAAGAUUUGAAACUAAAGGUUGA